AUGAGGCACAUCAAUUUUUAUUUUAGAAGCACCACACAAGAUGGCCAAAACACACAUAUGACAACAUCUUGGGUUCAAACUCCGAUCGCAAUUUUGUCACGCAAUACCGUGUUUUUGAGUAAAGUCAAGCCUUUACAAUACAGUUGGUAUUGGGCACAAAAUAGAUUAGCCUGGAUUGAGAACGAUGGACACACGGCAAAGGUUACCUUUGAAAAUCGUCAAGUGCAACCCCACUUAACUGGUGAUCUUCUAGACGGUCGCUACAUUUUUGAAAAUUUGUUCAGCACCGUAGAUUUUUCAACACUAACAACUAUGUCGUUUAUGAACAUGGUGAACAAAAUUGGGCCAAGCACACUUCCAGCAGGCACACCAGAAGGCGACGAGUAUGAUCUGGAUUUGGAUUGGCCAAUCUUAACAAAAUUGAAUCGAUCGAUGACAAAGUCACAUAGCCAUUUGGCAGUUUUACGUCCAAUUUUGAAGUAUUCAAUGGAAGCGCAUUUGGUGCAAUACAAUUCGAAAUAUGGCAAUUUCGCAGAGGCACUCAAUUACAAGGAUGGUUUCUUUGUCGUUACAUUCUUCAUUCAAGCCAAACAAAACGCGUACAAUAUUCCAUUCUCGAAAAUUUCCGACAAUUUCGCUGAUGAACACAUAUCCAUUCCAGAUUUGUUGCUUUGGAUGUCGAAACAAGAGUUGGAUAGCAAUUAUUUGACGUACAAAGGAUCAUUGACAACGGAAACCUUUGAUGAGGUUGUCACAUGGAUCAUAUAUGAAAAACCAGUGAUUGUGUUAAAGCACCAGGUUACUGUAUUCCGUGAAAUGAUCGAUGCGGAGAAUAAAAAGAUCACCAACAAUUACCGUCCCAUUCACACGCCCGAAAAACCACCAAAAGUCAUUUUUGUAGGCAAAAAGAAUAAACAUCAACACGCCAGUGUGUUAUAA